AUGGAAGUUAUGCGAAAAGAGCUUUUUGAUGUAUUGCUUGAACAAGCUGUGAUCGCCUCUCAGACUGCCGUGAAGAUUAUCGCUAAAUGCGACGAGAUAAACAAGGUAGUUCUAAGCUCAUCGGCCGACGAGGAUUUCCUGAAAAGUAAUGGCAACUUACGCCCAAAUCUCCAGUACUCUCUGGGCGGAGGACCGUCCUGGUGCUAUACGUCGAUCGUCAAGCCCGAAUCUAUGCACAUUGCAUUCCCUCGAUUGCUUGUUAAGGCUGUCCGUGGUUAUCUCACGACUUUUCUUCCAUCCGAAGGAUCGACGGAUGGACUGAUCAGAGUGAUGGUGAUGUUCGACCAGAGCCUCCUUCAAUCCCUAUUCGGCUGUCCAGAAAGCGACACAAUGGCUGCUGGUGAGCAACUCUCAGGUCGGAUUUGA